AUGCGCCCAGACUUGACUUUUGGCCCGCCGGGCGACGAGUGGCACUACGACAGACGAUCGCGAACCUAUGAUCUCACGCGGGGCCGGUCGCCGUCCUGGAAAGUCGGCACCAGCCAAGGUCCCGUGGGGACGUCGGUUUCGGUGAACCCUUAUAGCACGGCACUUGUGAUCGUCGACAUGCAGAACUACUUUUUGCAUCCCAGCUGUCGAGACCAUCCGGCCGGGCUGGCUGCGGUGGAGCAGACCAAGAAGGUCAUUGAGAAAUGCCGCGAAUUAGGCGUUCAGGUAAUUUGGCUAAAUUGGGGCCUGACCGACGACGACCUGGCGCGGAUGCCCGCCAGCGUCCAGCGUGGCUUCUCGCGAUCGCUCAUCCUAAGUGAGGAGACUGCCUCGUCCUCCGACGACAAGGGUACCGUCGCUCGUCUCGGCCUCGGCGCGGAUCUCGGCGACGGCAAGGGCCGCUGCCUCGUCGAGGGGGAGUGGAAUGCCGAUAUUUACGAGCCGCUGAAGCGGAGCAGUCUCCGCCCGGAGGAUGUGCGCUGCAACAAGAAUAGAAUGUCGGGCAUGUGGAGCCCGGAGCAGCCGCUACGGAAGUAUCUAGAGCGAACCCGGGAGGAGGUUCUCGAUGCCUCCGAUGCCUCCCGAGGCUCCGGGAGCGGGAGUGGAAUUCGCUCGUUGCUCUUCGCCGGCGUGAAUACCGACCAGUGCGUCCUCGGCACGCUGACGGAUGCGUACAAUGCCGGGUGGGAUUGUGUAUUGAUUGAGGACUGUUGCGGGACCAAGACGCCUGGUGCUCCCGAGGUGUGCCUUGACAAUAUUUCCGGCUCGUACGGGUUCGUCAUCUCGACAGAGACGUUUCUCGCCGCAAAGGCUUAUUAG